AUGCCUAUUAAAUGGGAUCCUGAAUUCCGCGAGGCUGUCGCGCCCAUCUUCGCCGCCCGUGCCAACGAACCCAAGCCCGAUGCACCGGACCCCCUGGCUGUGCGAGCUGCAGUCACCGCCGCUUUCGAAACCAUGCUGAGCCAGCUGCCGCGAGCCACGGAGGUUGAGCACAGCGAGCACCGAGUCCCUUCAUACGACGGCGAGACCAUUCCCGUGCACCGGUUCUGGAAAAAAGAGACCGAAACAACAACACCUGCUCCAGCACUCAUCCACCUCCACGGCGGCGGCAUGAUCUUCGGCAGCGGAGACAUGUUCCACAAUUCCUGCGCCUUGACGGUGCAGGAGACCGGGGUGCAGAUCUUCACGGUCGACUAUCGCCUCGCGCCGGAGCACCGCUUCCCCACCCCGGUCGAAGACUGCUAUGCGGCGCUGGCGUGGGUGCACAAGAAUGCAGAGCAGUUCGGCAUCGACCGCCAGCGCAUCGGGGCGCUCGGCGGAAGCGCUGGGGCCAACCUUGCGGCGGCGAUCACGCUAAUGGCCCGGGACCGCGGCCUGUCACCCGGCGUGGCGAAGCAGAUCCUCGUCUAUCCUAUGCUGGACGAUACGAAUACCGUUGCUCGGCCGGUGCGGGACGCCGCGGCCAUCUGGACCACGACGACCAACGCGAUGGCCUGGUCGACUUAUCUGGGCGAUCUGUAUGGGUCUGACCACGUCUCGCCAUAUGCGGCCCCGGCGCGCGUAGUCAGUGUCGAGGGUCUGCCGCCCACGUAUCUGGAGAUUGGCACGGCGGACAUCUUCCUGGAAGAGACGUUGAAGUUUGCGUCACGGCUGGCUGCGGCGGAUAUCGAGGUAGAGCUCCAUGUGCAUCCCGGCCUGCCUCAUGGGUUUGAAAUCUACGCGCCUUUUAUUGGGGCGACACAGAGGGCGAUGGCGAAUCGAUAUCGGGCCAUGUCCACUAUGUAA